AUGGAUGCUAAACCAAGGGAACUUUAUCUGCUCUUCAGGGCAUAUAAGGGUUAUGAAGGGUCACUCUUAAAAGUCACCAACAAAAAUGGCAAAAACACAUCACCUGUAGGAUUUGUCACAUUCAAUUCAAGGGUUGAAGCAGAAGCAGCAAAACAAGAUUUACAGGGAGUGAAGUUUGAUCCUGACUUGCCACAGACUCUUCGGCUAGAAUUUGCUAAAAGUAAUACAAAAGUCACAAAACCAAAGCAACAGUCACCACAACCAGCAGCAACACACCAGACAAUAAUUCAUCCCCUAACAGGACAAGAAUUAGGUGCUGCCUUUUUUCCUGGUAGCCCUGAAGCAUGGACUCCCCACCCAUUAACUGCGUACCCUGAAUUGGCCCCAGCCACCGCCACAGCCAUCCAUCAUGCUGCACUCAUCCAGCACCCAGCUCUUGCACAGGUACCGGUACGGGUAAAUCCCAAUUAUCAGAAAAUCUUGGUUCCAGAAAAUACGCAUCGGAUAAAUACUUCCAUUUCGGAUUCUGCUUAUCCGAAAUACUUUGGAACUAUGGUUCCCAGUCAGAUACACCCUGCAUCAAUGAUAGCCCACCCUGCAACAGUUCAGGCAACUGUGCCUCACCCACAAAUUGCUGCCACACCAAUCCUGACUAGUCCUGUGGGCACCAAUAACAGUUCAGCUACUCAACCAAAUGCCCCCUGCUCAACAUUGUUUGUGGCCAACUUAGGACAAUUUUCAUCUGAACAAGAAUUAAAAGAUUUGUUCAGUAGCUUUCCAGGGUUCUGUCGACUACGGAUGCAUAAUAAAGGAGGUUCCCCAGUAGCUUUUGUUGAAUUUCAGGAUGUCAGGCAAGCAACUGAGGCCAUGAACAGACUGCAUGGCUUUGUCCUCUUGUCAUCAGAUAGGGGAGGAAUCCGUAUUGAAUAUGCAAAAAACAAAAUGGGAGAAGUGUUAAUGCCAAGUGUUUGGUGGAUGAAACCAGUUAUUACUACUACCAGUCUGGAGAAUCGUAAGGAGGAAGUGCCAACAGCUGGACAAUCUCCGGUUCAGGCUGCUGCCUACUGA